AUGUCCUCCAACUAUAUCGUCACUUUCAAAAAGGAUACUCCUGACCAUGUUAUUGAAGAAGAAGUCAAGAAGGUCGAGCAAUCUGGCUGUACCAUCAAGCACAGAUACAAUGCUGCCAUCAAGGGUUUCUCUGUUGAGGUUCCUGAUGAGCACGUAAGUACUUUAUCUUUCAAGGGCGAACAUGUCAACGGUGUUGAAGCCGAUGGAGAGGUUACCACUCAAGGAAAGGCUCUUUUGCAGUAA